GUCAACACAGUGUCAACGAGAACAAAAAAAAUACUUUAAAAUGCCUGUCAUCGCUCAGUCCAGUGAACUCUUUGUGAGAAUUGCUGGGAUUUCCGGCGCUCUAGCUGUUGCUCUCGGGGCAUAUGGAGCUCAUGGUAUGAAAAAUCAACCCCCUGAUGUCAAGCAUACAUUUGAGACUGGAAACAGAUACCAUUUUUUGCACACCUUAGCUCUCUUGGGAGUUCAGUUUACCAAUCACCCCAGUCUGUCUGGCAGCCUCCUGACACUUGGAAUGGUGUUGUUCUCCGGGACUUGCUACUUUUCUGCCCUGACCGGAUCCACUGCUCUCAACAGACUAGCUCCUAUUGGUGGCUUGACCCUCAUCGCAGGAUGGGCAUCCAUGGCUCUCAGAUAAAACUAGAACAAAAUCAUUCAGUUCCAAGCUCUUGGGCCCAUAUUCUGAAGUCAGGUUUAACUUAGACCACAGUCUAACUCUGUGCUAAAGUUAUGGGAGCCAAAAUUUCUAAAAUUCUGUUAAUAUUGCAUAUUUCUUAUGUUUACUUUUUUGUUUCCUUUUGCUUUCAUAAUGAAGAAAAAUACUUCAGUUAUCAUUCCCAGAAAACUAUGAACAAUUUGGGUGUCGUAUGAGUUAAUAAAUUGAAUGUGUUAGGGAUUUGUGCUUCAAUUGGCUCUCCAUAGUUAAAGAACAACUUUAAACCAGGGUUUAAUUCAAACCCGAGUUCAGAAUAUGGGCCUUGGUGUCUUGCACUCAUUUCUCAAAGCCAACAUGAAUUAUGGGAAGUCACUUAAUUACAGCUCACCAUUAGUAGAUAUGAAUAAAUUUGAUCCAAUGUUUGCUUUUUACUAAUCCAGUCUGGCUAACCCCCAAUUAGUCCAUGUAUUACAGAAGGUCAUUUACAGUUCACCAUCGGGAGAUAUACUCAUGUCUUAUUUCACUAACUGCCAUUUAGUCCAUACUUGUUAGCACAUUACACUGGGUCAGAUGCAUAAAAAGUAGCAACUACUUUUGCUAGGCUUUUGCUUGAUUCCGUAUGCAUAAAAAUGAGAAAUUGCUUUUGUUAGUAAGCUCAAGCAUUCGCAAAUUACCUGGUAGCAUUUACUUGACCAUUGCUAAAAUGCUUAUGCAUAAACAAACAUUUAGCUUGUGCUUUGCUGUUUAAGCAGCUUGAGCGUUUGCUUGAUCAGGGCGAUCACAUUUUAUAAUCAUGUUUAUGCACCUGAGAGAGAACUCCAAGGUGUACAGUAGUCUACAUUAAAAUGUAUUCUUCCUAGUAAGUACAAACUGGAUGCAAACUAUAUAAAUUUAUUCAUUAGAAACGA